UGUCCUUUUUCGCCACAGGAGGUUUGGGUGGCAUGGUCUCCUUUCCCCCGUCAAAGCCUGCCAUCCAUAAAACAGUGUUGAGGAAAGGACCGGAGAAUAAAACAGAACGGAAACUGCACUUGGGAGGGCCUUCCCCCUUCUAUUCUUCGGUUCCUACUUCGUUUCUUGGGCUGGAGAGAGAUUCCGGUGUUUUUUUUAUAAAAAAAACGUUUAUAGAGGGCUACCGGCCGGAGUUCUGAACUUGAUCAGAGAUUUUGUUCCUGGGACCUUUGUUUUGUUGGAUUGUGUGGCAAAGGCAGCAUCUUGGCCUGAGAGCUUUGUUCGGAGAGUCCUCCGUUCCAUCUCUUCUGAUUCCUACUUCAUUUCGUGGGUGGGAGAGAGAUAGCGGGUGGGUUUUUAAUUGCUCCGAGGAGAUACUAGCUUAAAGCCUGGAACUUGGUUGGAGUUUUUGUUCCGGGUAUCUUUGUUGUUUUAGAUUUUGUGGCGAAGAUAGCAUCUUGGCCGCAAGGUGUUGACUAGUUAUUCAUCUUCUUUUUUGGAAUUUAUUGGUGGUUUCUGAUAUCCGGGAGCUGUCGUAGAUUUAGGGUUUAGGGAGGUUCUUGGUGGAUUUUUCUCUGGAUAUUUGUCUCUGUGGUGGCUUCUAGAUGUGCAACUUUGUGUGGCUUUUUCAGGUUAUUUGGCUGAUUUUUCAGCUGGCUUUUGACAUUUAGCGGCGUUGGGGGGAUGAAGUUUCAGGAUUUAUCAUGAAUUUUUGGUUUGAAUCAAAUUUUGGAAGCUUAAGGAAUUAAGUUGUAGGGUGCUGUUUGUUUUGAUGUUCUGUAUCUCGCCUUGGUGAUUUUGAGAGAGCUUUUGCUCUAAAUAUAGCAACCUUUCUUUGAUCAAACUGCAGCAACCUCUUUAAGUUGAUAAGGAUUGUGUGGUCUUGACUUCACAUUUUACUGGGAUCCCUCUACAGUUGAAGGCUUUAUGAGAAUUUAGAGGUCACUCAGCUGUCCUCUGAGUUACAUUUUCCUUCUUGGGACUGUUCAAGAUGGCCUGUAUGAAGCUGGGAGCAAAAGCCGAUGCAUUCCGACGUCAAGGGCAAGCCUGGUUCUGCACAACUGGUCUUCCCAGCGAUGUUACUAUAGAAGUUGGGGGGAUCUCUUUUCAUCUUCAUAAGUUUCCACUGUUAUCCAGGAGUGGUCUUUUGGAAAAAUUAAUUGGUGAGAAAUCUGAUGAGGAAGAAGGAUGUAUCAUCAAGCUACCUGAUGUUCCUGGUGGAGCAAAAACAUUUGAACUUGUUGCUAAGUUCUGCUAUGGUGUGAAGUUGGAACUGACUGCAUCAAAUGUUGUCUAUGUACGUUGUGCUGCAGAGCACCUUCAGAUGACUGAAGAAAUUGCUGAGGGCAACUUGAUUGCUCAGACUGAAACCUUCCUUAACCAAGUAGUCCUACGUAGCUGGAAGGACUCAGUCAAGGCACUCCAGACUUGCGAUGAUGUUCUCCCUCAAGCUGAAGACCUGCACAUUGUGAAGAGAUGCAUUGAUUGCUUAGCUAUAAAAGCAUGUACUGACCCUAAUUUGCUCGGCUGGCCAAUGAGGGAGCAUGGUCCUAUGCAAAGUCCUGGAGGAAGUGUCCUGUGGAAUGGAAUAAGCACAGGAGCCAGGCUGAGAAAUAGUAGUUCAGAUUGGUGGUAUGAGGAUGUAUCAUCCUUAAGUCUUCCAAUGUAUAAGAGGUUGAUCUCAGUAAUGGAAUCUCGAGGGAUCAGAGAAGAGAUUGUUGCAGGCUCACUUACUUUCUAUGCAAAAAGCCGUUUGCCAGGGCUUAAUAGGCGUCAGAGUAUCAGCAAAGCUGGAAUUCGUAUAGAACCCAAAGCUGCACCAUCUGAAGAGGAACAGAAGCAUCUUAUUGAAGAGCUUGAUAGGCUGUUGCCUUUGCAGAAGGGUGUGACAUCAACUAAGCUUUUGUUUGGUCUUCUUCGCACAGCAAUGAUUCUGCAGGCCAGCCCAUGCUGCCUGUUGAACUUGGAGAGAAGGAUAGGAAUGCAACUAGACCAGGCCACUUUGGAAGAUUUAUUGAUACCUAACUUCUAUAACUCCAUGGAAACACUCUAUAAUGUGGAUUGCAUUCACAGAAUUCUUGAACACUUCUUGGCUAUGGAUCAGAUGACUGGUGGAGUCUCCCCUGGUUUAGCUGAUGAUGAGCAGCUGUUGGGAUCCCCAUCUUUGACACCAAUUACUAUGGUAGCCAAGCUGAUUGAUGGGUAUCUGGCAGAGGUUGCACCGGAUGUUAACCUGAAGCUGCCCAAGUUUCAUUCACUGGCAGCUGCUAUACCAGAAUUUGCCCGACCCUUGGAUGAUGGACUGUAUCGUGCCAUCGACAUAUACUUGAAGGCACACCCAUGGCUUACAGAGUCUGAAAGGGAAGAGCUAUGUCGGCUGAUGGACUGCCAAAAGCUCUCCCUUGAGGCUUGCACUCAUGCAGCCCAGAAUGAGAGGCUUCCACUUCGAGCUGUGGUCCAAGUUCUCUUCUUUGAGCAGCUUCGGCUGAGGACUUCUAUCGCUGGAUGCCUCCUUGUGUCGGACAACCUUGAUGGUUCAAGGCCUUUGGGGAGUGGCCUUCCACUCUCGGGUGAGGGUGGUGGGUGGGCAUCAGCUGUUAGGGAGAACCAAGUCUUGAAGGUGGGCAUGGACAGUAUGAGGAUGAGAGUGUCUGAUCUUGAAAAGGAGUGCUCAAGCAUGAGGGAGGAGAUUGAGAAGCUGGCCCUGGGAAGGAAAGGUUGGAGCACCUUCCGGAGGAAGUUUGGGCUCGAUAGCAAAUCCCAGAUGCGUAGUGCCCAAGAAGGUUCCAUAAGCAAUGAGAAAAAUACAGUUGAGAAGGUUGAUAAAUCGCAACCAAAGGUUACGAAGCACACGAAGCAAUUAUCUUUAGAUGAAUGAGCCGCCUCCGUUAGUGUCCCAUGGUUUUGGAUUUAGUUUUCUGGAUAUUUUUUGGUCUUGUUGAUAAUUUAUAAUUGAUAUGUUUCCUUUCCUGAUCUUCUUUUUGAAGUCCUGCAACUUUGUUCAGUUAGAAGUAGGAGCAGCUGCAAACAAGAAACACGUUGUUUAUGUUAGUGCUCUUGGUUGUUUUGGGUGAUUGUUACAAUGUCGAGGCAUUUUAAUUUAACCAACCAAAUGAAAUCCCUUAUUUGCAUAUAAGAA